AGUUGAGCUCAUGGAGUUGGGUGUCCGACAGAUAUACUCAAAAGGCAAUCACAGAACUGAAACGUGGACUGGAAGAUGGAAACUCCAGAGCCAAAAUCACACAGCUGGGGCUCUUCCCCAAUGCCACCGUCAUCUUCGGCAAGGCUAUGGAGACCAGCUGCUCAACGAAACCUAAGGAACCAAUGGUCCAAAAUGGCGUCCUACCGCCAACAAUGGCUCUCUUCUUCCUCUUCUGCCAGAACUCACGCCACUUCUCUCGUCAACGCUUAUUUAUCUCAAAAAUACAUGCCAUUGAUGGAGUUGGGUGCUCUAAAGGAUAUGCCAGAUAUUCGAAAGAAAGCUUCUUUAAAGUUAUUUAAGCAGCAAGAGCUUCAUCGUAGCAAACUUUUAUCAUCUUACAAGGACAUGGUGGCUGUUGUAGUGCAAAUGGUCAAUGCUAGUAAAUCCAUGAGAUGUUUUCUCAAAGGAGCCAGUAGUAGUUCACUUGUUCAAUUUUCCAGCUCUAGUGAGGAUAUUAAUGAAACUGGUGAUUGUGGUGGAGUCGCAGUUUUUGGAUUUUGGUCUAUCUCUUCCUUUGAAAAAUUAGCUGAAGAGCUCAUUCAGAUGUUCAAGUUGGAACUAAGUUUAAAGCGAUUGCUUUUAUUAGAUUUACUGUCCAUUGGUUGUGAAGUUUUGCACACAAAUCAGUUGUGCUGGUCAAAUGAGAUUUAUCAUGGAGAAUUUGGUGAUCUGAAAGUAUGCAACUUGUAUUCUGAAGAAACUUCUGAGCCAGUCCAUCCAAGACUGAAGGAUCGCAAAUCCGAAAUUCCGGCUUUUCAAUGCAAUCAUCAGCCAGACCAAGAAAUUUUGCAGUUUUCAUUGCAGGUGUAUAUUACAACCUGGCUUGCAGAGGUGAACAUUGAUGGUCAUAGGGUGGAUGAAAUAUUUGCAGAGAUUGGCGAGGAAAUGCAUGUUUCGCUCUCGUAAAUUCCUCCUGUAGUAUAAAAAAUUAGUAGCUGACUAUGUGGCAUGAAAAG